UAAAAGUGGGUUAGCAAGAGUGCAAUAAUUGUCUGCUAAUUACAGUUUUCAGGAUUGCUAGGCCAUGACAAGAAUAAUCUCUUACUUUUUCUGAAUAUAUCAGACUCAUUUGGAGUGAGAUGAAGGUUUUUUCUAUCUAUUUUGUUACCAACAGUAUUCUUUUAAUAAAACUACUAAUAUACAAAACUCAAGGGAAAGUUGUAGGUGAUUUUUAUGUCAAUUUUAUUAAAUGGAGUGGAAAUUUUUAUAAUUCACAAGGAAAUAUUUGUGAUGGACCAUUUGCAUUUGGUAAAAAGAAAAUGUGUGAUCCUAUGUUUCAAGUUUGCUUCUCUAAACUACCUGGAAGGGUGGAAUUUUUGUAGAUAUAUUUGUUUAUGAUCAUGAUGAUUUCAGUGAUGAUGAUUCAAUUGAUGAAUUUCACUUUGAUUUAAAAACAACAAUAAAUGGAGAAAAGAGGAAAUUAUCAGUUCAGGGGAAAUAUUAUUAUAAUACGGAAAAUGUAAUUACAUUAGAAUUUUGGGCUAAAUGCCGAAGAAAUAUUUAUAAUUCAGAUUGUUCCAUCUUUUGCCUAAAAGAAUUUAAAAGUAAUUUUGAAUGUGAUAAAAAAACUGGUAAGAAAUUAUGCCAUUCUGGCUGGUUUGGUGAAAAUUGCGAAAGAAGAGAAUGUAAAUCAAAUCCAUGUUUAAAUGGAGGAAGUUGUUAUGAAACACAAAAUUCAAUGCAGGAAUGCAAAUGCAGAAAUCAAUAUUCUGGUCAAUUGAACCAAGAAUGAAAUAUUCGCAGUUGCUAUUUUCUUUACAUUUUUGAAGGCAAUCUUUAAAAUGUUCAUUUCCGGUAUACAGAGGACUCUCGGUACAUUCUCCUUGUUCACAGGUGGUAUGGCUAAAAGCAAAUCUAUCGUAGGAUAGCAUAUUUGGAAAAUUGCUAGGGGCAGUUGUUGUAAAGAAUGAUUUACUUUUUGGAAAGCAGUAUCUUCCAGCAUAGAUUGUUUCUGUCAUUGUGAAUCCCAUACAGUUCGGCCUUUCUAAACAGUGUUUUGCACAAUCUUUAGGGUGUGUUAUACUGCUUGGCACAAUAGCUAGAUCAAAAUUUUGCAACAUUUUGUGUCUGUAAGUGAAACCAGGUACACUUAACUUUGGUCUGUAGCAGCCAUAUCCAGCUUCAAAACAACAAAAAUGUUCACUAUUUCCAGCAGUACAUUCAUCUAGGGUUAUAGCACUAUUUCCUAUCCGGAUUCGUUUAUCAACAGUAAUGUCGCAUUCCUCCGAAAUAACAAUAUUACAACUGGAAAGGUGUAAAAUAUAACCAAAAUAGAGAAUCUUGUAUAUUGUCAUUGUUCGUGUUGAGACCCUGCUCAUUUGAUCAAUGAUUAAUAAAUUCUACAUAGAAACUCAUAUUGGUUGCCUUACCAAUACACUCUGCUAAAUCUCUUUCAAUAAAUCAUUGAAAUUUAUUGACGAUUACUGUAGAUAGAAUUUUUUUAUAAUUCGGAACUGGUUACCCUACUAUUUGAAAUUUUGCUCACACCUAGAAAGCUAGAUCAAGGGCUGGGGUUAGGGUAAAAUGUUACAAUUGUGGGCGUUUGAUCAAAAACAUCCAUCCAUUAAAUUCUUAUAUACUCUUUACAAUAGAUGACAGUUGGCAAGGGGAUUAGGUCCAGCUUCUAUUAGAAGAUUAACUGUUUGUUUGUCUUGAUAAGAGUGAACUGUUCAAGAUUUUGAUAAACAAUAGUAAAUUGGCACAUAGUAAAACAUUUUAUUGAUGAUGGAUCAAGUUAAAUUUGAAGGCUGAAAGAUUUUAAUUUGAGUACAAACUAAACUCUAAGCUUUCUUUCAACUUUUCCUACUUUUGGACAGAUAAUCGUCAACGGAAAAAGGAAAUAGAGCAUCAUCUAUAUUGAGAAACCAACACUUGACCCCAUUUCUAGUAAUUAUUUGAGAUGUCAGCAGUUUUGAAUCAAUUGCUACACACUUGUCUGUUUCUUAUUGUUCUAAGGACAAACAAACAUGAGCUAGGUGAGUUCACGACUGUAAAGUGAUGAUUGGACAGUAGAGAAAUGUCUACAAUUAUAUAAACCCUUACUGUUCCACUCCACCUGGGAGGAUCAACUGGAACCAACAUCCACUAGAGACCUUUCUACUUACUCAACAUUGAACAGUAGUUCAACAAUAGGAAAGUUUAAUAGCAGAGUAGGUAGUACCCUGGGUAACAGUAGGUUGCCAGAACUAGUGUCCAAUGUUGAGUAAGAAAAAAGAACUCAACACAAACGAUAUAUUUAAAUAAUGAAUAUAGGCCUACCGCUUCUAUAUUAAACUGAGUUGUAAACUGCCAAAGAAUACUGUACUUUGUUGUAUUGUAAUUGUAGGAAUUUCUGCUUCUCCAGAACUUAAUUUGUUCUCCAAUUGUUUAGGGAUUGGAAUAAAGUUCAAACCAGCUCUCUUCAUAUUUCUUUCAAUAUAACUUGUAAAGAAAUUGUUUGGCAGAAAUAUCUUCUCAAGUUCAAUUGGUUGAGUGAGGACUUUUCCAGAAGAAAAAUGAGACUUAUUUUUGCUGAUGAGGCAGGGCCGUUUGCUGUGGCACAUGUUUAGCAUGUGGCACUAAUCUUAGGAUUAUAUUUUAUAUGUGUGAUAUAACAAGUCCUUCAUAUUUUUGUUACAUGAGAAUUAUGAGACCAUCAGAUUUCAACUUUGUAAUCCUUUAACCAAUUGAAACCAAGCUUUGGGAAAUGUAGAAAAGGAAAUGCAUUUCCCCCAGCUUAUUUAUCUAAACCUUUUUAAUAAAUAUUUAAAAAAACAAAAUUUUCUUUUUCAAAAUCUGACAUGCCAAUUAGUUUGAGGAAAGAAUUGUCACUUUUUUUUCCAAUUAUACUGCUAUAAUCCCCCAAUAUAAACUUUUAGGCUUCAUAAAGUCUUAUUGAAAAAUAGAAUGUUGUGACUCAUUCAACUAUUGAUUGAUUGUUAAUAGACCUAAACUGCUUGCUACUGCUGUGCAACAGCUGGUUUUAGUUUAUAAUUAUAAUCUCAAUGAAAAAUUUGUAUAUGUUUUUCAGUUGAGAACGAUAACCAUACUUGUUUGUUUCCAUACAAUUAUUAAUAUUUUUCUUCCUUAGCAGAUGAUUAAAUUAUGGAAGGAAUGAAAUUUGAGACAAAUCCCAUACUUAAUCAAUAUAGAAAUUCAUUUGAGGAGCUUUUAAAUGAACCAGAAUUCGUAAAUAACCUCAUUUCAAAGGAAAUCAUACUAUCUAAUCAUAAUUAUAACUCUACAAAUCUGGUCAAUAAUCAUUUAAUAAAAUGUAAACUGGUAGAUAUUCUAAAUGUUUUAUUAGAUUUCCAAUCACCUGGCUAUCAGAGACUUUUUUGGAAUAUAAAAUCAACUUGGAAGAAUUUAGUUGAAGAAAUGAAAAAGUUAACUCUUCAGAGGAUAUCUACUCUUCCAAAAAUUCCAUUUAUUAAUGAUAAAACAAAUCUUGAUAGCAUUGACAAUAUCAUGACUCCAAUAAAGAUUGUCUACGAAAGUAAACAAUGUAGUAGGGAGAAAUGUAUCCUAACCUGUGGAAAUGAAUUUAUGGAAGGAUUGGAAAAUUCCAAUAGAGUUUUUAUCUUUGGUGAAGCUGGAAUUGGAAAAACUUAUCAUUGUUACAAGAUUUUAAACGAUUGGGCUUGCGGUUUGAUAUGUCAGGAUAGUUUGCUGUUGUCCAUUAAACUGGGACAAAUUUCUAAAUCCGAAACAUUUACAGACGUCAUCUUCAAUCACAAUCUUGUAGACAAUAUAAAUAUUCAAAGAGAUAUCCUAGAUUACUACCUGUCCGAAGAGUGCGAAGAUAAGGCCAGGAAGAUAGUCUUUCUACUAGAUGGAGCUGAUGAAUUAGGAAUAAAAGAGUCUAGAUUUUAUAAAAUUAUACAUAAAAUUCAUUAUACUCCCCACGCAGUCGUUGUUUGGUCGAGAACUUACAAACUGGAAGAGGUUAGGAAAACCUAUGAUACUCUUCUAGAGAUCAUUGGAUUUGGCAAUGAACAAAAACGAGACGAUGUCGAUAUCUAUUCUGGCGAUGACAAACAACAAACACUACAAAGUGUUGAGUUGUUCAACUUUUUGAAAGUGGAUAGGCAAGAUUUAUUGGAAUUCUGUCAAUAUCCUCUAAUCGCUGUCCUAACGGCAGCCGUUUGGGAGAGGAGAGGAAAAUCUAUAAAAGACUUUUACAAUAUUUCUGAAGACGUUGUUGAUAUUCUCUUCCAAAAGAUAAACAUUUCAAAAGAUAAUCCAAACUACGAAAUAUUCUACAAAGAAUUCGGAUUGAAAUCUUUCAACAAUCUAUCGAACGGCGAACCAAUGACAACAACUCAACAAUUCCUCCAUUCUACAAACAAUCUAGCAGGUCUAAUUACAACAACCAGCUACUCUUAUUCGCGAUGCGAAGAAGAGAUAUCAUUUAGAUUUAUUCAUCAUCUCUUUCAGGAAUAUUUCGCGGCAAAGUAUUUGAUCUACGACCUUCUUAACGAACAGAAAAGUAGACAGCACCUUUUGUUGAAAAUUUCAACAGAAAUUCUAAUCUAA